UGACACAAGCAUUUAAUAAUAAAAGGAAAAAGUGUUCAAAAUAAUUUAUUUCAUGUUCAUUUAAUACUAAAUUGUAGAUUUAAAGCGUUCGUUUAUAUAAUUUAACUUUGUAAAUGCAUAUAUUGGAGUAAGAUACAUUGUAUAAGCUAUAAAAUCAACAUUAAAACUCAACAAGCUAUAUACAAUGAGUUCAGGAUUUAUAACUGAAUCAGAAGUAGUAGAAAUUAGGAAGCGAAGACAAGAAGAAUGGGAAAAGGUGCGAAAAGCAGAUGAUCCAAAAGAACGUCCAGAAGAACCAUAUGAUAAUAGGAGUUUGUAUGAAAAACUACAAGAACAAAAACAGAAAAAGGACCUUGAGUAUGAAGAAGCACACAAAUUAAAAAAUAUGAUAAAAGGUCUAGACGAUGAUGAAAUAGAAUUCCUAGAUCUAGUCGAUCGUACAAAAACUGAAGCAGACCGAAAAAAAGAACUAGAGGAGGAACAAGAACUAAGAGAUUAUAGGAACAGGGUAUCCAUUUUACAAGAAAAAUCAAUAGAUGAAAGACUUCAAGCUGAAAUCGUGGUCAACAAGACAAAGAGAGAGAAACAACCGAACUCUCAGCAGAAAUUAUUAAAGGGAGUUGUUAUAAAGAAACCUGAAAAUCAGAAGAGGAAAAUAGAUGAGAUUGAUAAUAGCGAAGAAACAAACGUAAAGAAACAAGCAAUUAUUGAUGUAGAUGAUAAGUCAACUGCAAAUACAAAAACUCCAAUUAUAGAGGAAGCUUCAAAUACAGGUUUAAAGUGUGUUGCAAUUUUGCCGGGUAUAGGUUGUUACCAGGAUUCGUCUUCUGAAAAUGACGACAGUUCAGAUUCUGAUGAAGAACCAACGCCAUGUAGAAGAAUAGAUCUCCUAGGCCGAAAAAUAGAAAUAAAAGAAGCUGAAAGCAAAAUAGCCAGUAAUUUGAGUGGCAAGGAAAUGUACAGAAAUAAAUUUUCACCACUUGUAAUUUUUUUAAUGAACAUAUGUUAUGUUGUAUGCGCAAUUGUAUUUAUAGAAUAUUAAAAAAUGGCAAAUAUUAAAAAAUAGAUAAAAUGUUUA